AAUGCGAUUGGGUUGAGAUUAGACCGUACUUGUACUUCUGCUGUUUUAUUUUUUUACUUUCUAAGUAAUUCCAUUAAUCAAUAUGGUUGUAGAAAAUUUGCAUGACGAUGUAAUUGUGAUUUCUGGUAUCUCUGGAAAAUUUCCUAAUAGUAAUAAUGUCGAUGAACUCAUGGAAAAUCUUAUUAAUGGUGUCGAUUGUACAACGGAAAAUCACACGAGAUGGCCCGAAGAAUACAAACAAGUAACUCGCCGUAUGGGAACAAUGACAGAAAUCGACAAGUUGGAUCACAUUUUCUUUGGCAUUAGCACGAGACUCGCACAUUCGAUGGAUCCAGUAACCAGAUUGUUAACAACGUCAGUUUUUGAAGCGGUCGCUGAUGCCGGAUUUAAUCCUUCAGAACUACGUAAUACCAAAAUUGGAGUGUUUGCAUCAUUGUCUUACCAAGAAUCAGACAAAAGUAUUCUUUAUGAAAAAUACGAGCCACAUGGUUUAGGAAUGCUGGGAUCCGCUCGUACAAUGGCAGCAAAUCGAAUAUCCUUUACUUUGGAUAUGUUAGGUCCAAGCUGUACCAUUCAAUCAGAAUGCACCGGAAGUGCAACAGCCUUGAAAAAAGCAUUCGAAUCUUUAAAAUGUGGUGAAUGCGAAGCUGCAAUCGUUGAUGCUGGAAUUCUUGCUUUAUAUCCGAACAUCUCUUAUCAGUUCAAACAAUUAGGAUUAUUAUCACCAGACGGAAUAAACAGAUCGUUUGAUGCAAAGGCUUCGGGAUUCUCGCGCAGCGAAUCAAUUGGUGUGCUCUUUUUGCAAAAAGCCAAAAAUGCGAAGCGUAUUUACGCAGAGAUUAGUGCUAUAAAUGUGGAAUAUGGCGAAUAUAUACUUGAUAACUGUAUGAUGCUCAGUUCUGCAGAGUUCCAAGCGCAGAUAAUGAAAAAGACUUUAAAAGAAUGUAACUUAAAACCGAGCGACGUUACUUAUAUCGAGGCCGAUGGUACGGCAGUGAAGAGAAUAGAUCGCGAAGAACUAAAAGCGAUCGAUAUUGUUUACGGACAGGAUCGAAGCCCUUCUAAUCCCCUCCUAAUUGGAUCGGUCAAAUCAAACAUUGGUCAUACAAGUUGUACUAAUACAAUAAAUUCAAUUAUAAAGGUAAUCAUGGCUAUGGAGAAAGACAUUAUACCUCCAAAUCUUCAUUACGAUGAACCUCCGGAAGAUGCUAAAUGUCUUCAAGACGGACGCGUAAAAGUUGUAACGAAACCAACACAUUGGACAGAAGGUUACGCGGCCGUGAAUACUACCUCUAUCAACGGUGUCUUUUCCCACAUUAUCUUAAAACGUCAUUCGAAAAAUAAGAAGAAGGAAAAGCUGCCAACGCAAGAUUUCCCUCGACUUUUUACAUGCUCUGCUCGAAAUAAAGAAAUGUUAUCAUUGAUCUUUAAUUCUUUAAAAACAAACAAUGCCGACGUGGAAUUAAUGCAGUUAAUCAACGAUAUUAUGAUGAAACCAUUAAAUAACUCUCUAUAUCGUGGAUACAUAUUAUUGCCAUCGACAGAAGUAACGGGAUCAGAAAAAAUUUUGGAAGAAAUUACACCUGUUGACGAAACAUCUAAAAAUUUAUGGUUUGUUUUUUCGGGGAUGGGCUCACAAUGGACUGGAAUGGGUCAAUCUCUAAUGAAAAUACCAAUCUUUGCCCAAGCAAUACAAAAAUGUGACGAAGUAUUAAAACCUCGAGGUUAUGAUAUUAUGCAUAUUAUAUGUGACAAUGAUCCAACUAUAUACGACAAUAUUAUAAACAGUUUUCUGGGAAUAGCAGCUAUACAAAUUGGUCUGGUGGAUAUUUUAUACGCAGUUGGAGUAAAACCGCAGUACAUGAUCGGACAUUCUGUUGGUGAGCUGGGUUGUUCAUACGCCGAUGGUUGCUUCACGCGGGAGGAAAUGAUUUUAUGCGCUCUCUCUCGAGGUUUGGCUUCGGAAGAAACUGAAUUGAUACACGGAGCGAUGGCUGCAGUAGCUCUUGGUUAUCAACAAAUUAGACAUAUUCUUCCCGAAGACAUUGAUGUUGCUUGUCACAAUGGACCGCAAAGUUCUACUAUAAGUGGACCUUCCGAAUCUGUCAAAACUUUUGUCAAACAGUUGCAGAGUAAAGGAAUAUUUGCUAAAACCGUACAAACCGGUAAUAAGGCGUAUCAUAGUCGUUACAUUUCCUCAGUGGGUCCAAAGAUGUUGAAUUACUUAAAGAAAAUCAUAUCUCAACCAAAAAAACGCAGUAAACGCUGGAUAUGCACAUCUCUUCCGAAAGACGAAUGGUAUUUACCGAAAGCUCGUUAUUCUUCGCCGGAAUAUCAUACGAAUAAUCUCGUUUCUCCCGUAUUAUUCGAAGAAGUAUUAUGCAUGAUAUCGAAAAACGCUAUAACCGUUGAAAUUUCUCCACACGGACUUCUACAGGCUAUUCUUGCACAAUCAUUGAACAGCCAUAUCAUUAAUUUAUCAUUAACAAAACGAGGCCAUAAGGACAAUGCAAUUUUACUUCUAUCCACACUAGGAAAGCUUUAUAAUCUUGGAAUUCCUCUACAAGUUGGGAAUCUUUAUCCGCAAGUUUCAUACCCCGUAUGUAAAGGUACCCCGUCGAUUUCUUCGCUAAUGCGGUGGGAACAUAGUAUUGAUUGGAAUGUGAACUACUACGAGGAUUCGGGAGAAGUAAAAUCUUUAGAAAAAACAUUUAUUUUAGACUUGAGAUUAAAUGAAUAUAAAUUUUUACGCGAUUUUAAAAUUGGUGAAGAUAUCAUAAUACCUUACACUCUUUAUUUAUGGCUUGUUCAAGAUGUUUAUUUGCAUCGAAGAAAGACAGAAUCUCAUUUUCUCAUAUUUGAGGACAUUAUAAUUCAUAAUUUAUUAUUAAAAUUACCAAAAAGUGGUAAACUUCAUUUGACAAUUAUUAUUAUGAAAGCGUCAGGACAAUUUGAAGUAAUGAUGAAUAAUAAGACUAUCGUAGCUACUGGAACUAUAUACUUUACAAGUCACUACACAAAACAAUAUUCAUUGUUAGACAAAAACUUUUUUAAAGAAGAAAGUGAAAUAUUAACGAAGGAAGAUUUUUAUGCGAAUCUACUUAUUCGUGGUUAUAAGUAUGGAGAAUCUUAUAAAUUCGUCAAUGGAGUAUCUUUAACUUCUUUAAGUGGACAACUAAAGUGGAAAAACAAUUGGAGAUCUAUGAUGGAAGGAUUGUUUCAAGUACUAAUUUUUAAUACUAAUAAUAAACGGAUACAAAUGCCUAAUAAGAUACAAAAGAUCGUAAUUAACUUGAAACAAUUGGAAGAAGAGUUGAGGGAUGGAAAUGUGUUACCGAUGGAAUACCAAACACAGAUCAACUUAAUAACUUGCACAGGUAUCGAAGUAAGCGGUAUGCAACUUAAAGAAAUAGUAACUAAAGACACAAGCAUUGAGUUAUUAGCGGAUGAAGCUCGAUUUAUUCCGAAUGUAAAUGAAACGGAGAUGAAUAUAGAUAACGCUUUACACGUUGUACUAGGAAUAAUAUCCGAAAAUAUUAGCGAAAAUGCUACAGAGAGAAUGAUUAUAAUAAAAGAUUCAGGAUACGAUCAUAAUAAUAUUUUCGAGUGUCUCGAUAACCUUUCGAAAAUGACGAAGUUUAAGUUUGAAUUAAAAUGCAUUGAUAAAACACAUUUUGAGAAAAUACACGAUGAAAAUUUUACUUUGAUGAUUAUCGAGUAUUAUUUAUUUAAAGAUAUAAGUCAUAUCAUUGCUAAUAUCAGUAAAGAAUCAUUUCUAUUGACUGUUAUAAAAAUGGAAGAUGAAGAUAAUGCGAUUGCUAUGUUGAAAAGUACAGGAUUAUUCGUCCUUUUGAAGAUAAAAAUAACUCUUCAUCGUACUGCCUUACUUCUAAAAAAGGAAGAAGAUUUGAAACAAGCAAUUGUCGUUAAAAAUAAAAAAAAUUGUAUCGAUCAGUUAAAAACUUGUUUACGACAAUCGAAAUAUGGCAAUGUUAUAUUUUUGGUCAACACUACCGUCGAAAAUAAUAUAUUUGAAACACUUCGAGAUUUAAAACAAGAGCCGGAGUAUAAGAAACUUCGCAUUUUCGAUUUACAAGACGCAAAGGCACCGAAAUGGAUGCCAUUGACAGAGAAAUCUACAUUUUCUUCGCGCUGGCGAGGAAAAAUUGAACAAUCAGGUACAAUAACCUGGAUGGAAGAAUUACCAUUAACUAAAGAGCCAAAUAAAAGCAUCGUAAAAGUAGAGUGUGCUGCAUUCGAUCUAAAUGUUUACGAGUACUUGUUACAAAAUGAGAUUAGCUUAGAAUCACACAUAUCAAUUGUAGAAUAUUCAGGAACAGAUGAAAAUGGUCKUAGAGUAAUGGGACUUGUUGACAAUUUCACUAUAAGUAAUGAGAUUAUUCCCGACCCAGAAUUCACUUGGAUUAUUCCAGACAAUCUGAACUUCGAAGAUGCUGCAACAAUUCCUCAAGCUUAUUUAGCAGCUUUCUGCAUUUUACAUUCGAAUACUUUUAGGUUUAAAUACAUAAAAACUGUUCUGGUACAUUUUGGUGCUAGUGACGUAGGACAAGCUCUCAUAAAUUUAUCUUUGUCGUAUAAUUUUGAUGUUUAUACUACUUAUGAAACGGAAGCUGAAAAACAGAUCAUCGAGUUGAUACGACCACGUUUACCACAGUCACAUAUUAUUAAUGUUAAAUACUAUAAAAUUGAUAUUCUAAAUAUUACGAAGAACAAAGGCUUGGACUUCGUUGUUGCCAACUAUUCCAUCUUAAACGAUAUUGAAUCUUCUUUGGACAUUGUUAAAGAUUUCAAACAUAUGUCAAUGUUCUACGAUUGUAAAAAGCCUAAUUACAAUCCUUUACCAAUAUAUAAUUUUAUUAGGCAUUUAAGUUUGUAUAGUUUCUGUUUACAAGACCUUUUUAAGUUGUCACCGAAAAUGAAAAGAGAAUCAGCGAGCAUGAUGAGAACAGCUCUACAGGCGGGUAAUUUAAAACCGAUAAUAUCGCGAAGACUUUAUCUUCAAGGAACUGUAGAAGAAAGAAACAAAGAAGUUUGCGAACGUUUUGGAAAAGUACUCAUUAACCCACUCAAACAGAUCAAAUCUAUCCAAGUUGUUCCUCAUUUGUGCUUUGAUAAGAACAAGUGUUACUUCAUCGUCGAAGGCUUAGACAUCUUUGGUAUGCAAUUGAUGAAAUGGAUGAUCGAUGAAGGUGUUACCAAGCUAUUUGUAGUUUCUAAAAUGACAUCCAAGAAGAAAGAAAUCUUUUAUUUAAAGAAAUUAUGUGAACGUGAAAACAAGUAA